AUGUCAUGCAUCCAGCCGCCAAGAUGCUCGUGUUGGCUGCACAGAUGCAGGAGCAAGAGAUUGGAGAUGGAACGAACUUUGUUGUUACACUAUUCAGGAGAAUUGUUAAAGAAGGCUGCAGCAUUGCUCGAGAUGGGACUGCAUCCAUCAGAGAUCAUUCACGGCUAUGAUAUGGCCGGUCAGAAGGCACAGAGCAUCAUCGAGAGCUUGGUCAUUUACACGAUCAAGGACGUCAGAUCAUUGGAGGAGGUCAGAAAGUGCCUCAAGUCGGUGCUGGCCUCCAAGCAGUACGGCUACGAGUCGUUCCUCUCGGAGAUCAUUGGCAAGGCUUGCAUUCAGGUGCUGCCCAAGAAGCCAAGCAACUUCAACGUGGACAACGUGCGUGUCACCAAGGUGCCGGGCGGAGGCGUCAGCGACACCACCGUCGUCAAGGGUCUCGUCGUGCCAGGCGAUUCCGAGGGCACCAUCAAGCGUGUCGAUAAGGCCAAGGUUGCCGUAUUCGCAACCGGAAUCGAUAUAGGAAAGACAGAGACAACUGGCAAGGUGUUGAUUACAAACGAUACCGACUUGUUGAGCUUCUCCAGAGGUGAGGAGGAUUCGAUCAGACUUACAAUUGAAGGUAUUGCACAAGCUGGAAUCAAGGUUAUUAUCUCUGGAUCAUCGGUAUCAGAGUUGGCAAUGCACUAUAUAGAGAGACACAAGAUUAUGUUGGUCAAGCUUCCAUCGAAAUUCCAAUUGAGAAGACUGUGUAAAGCUGUUGGCGCUACACCAUUGGUCAAGCUGGGCACACCAAUCCCCGAGGAGCUUGGCUACUGUGAUGAGGUGCUGGUGCAGGAGGUCGGCAGCUCCAAGUGUGUCAUAUUCAGACAGACCCGCGAGGAGUCUGAGAUCUCGACGAUUGUCAUCCGUGGCAGCACCAACAACAUCCUGGACGACAUUGAGCGCGCCGUCGACGACGGAGUCAACGUGUUCAAGGGCAUGUGCAAGGACGGACGUUUCCUCGCCGGAGCCGGCGCCUUUGAGCUGGAGGUGUCACGUCAGCUGCAGCAGUUUGCCGACGCCACACCAGGCCUGGCCCAGUACGCCAUCAGGGCCUACGCCGAGGCCUUUGAGAUCAUCCCCAGAACUCUGGCCGAGACAUCGGGUCACGAUGCCACCAAGAUCAUUUCAAACAUCUACGCCGCGCACACCAAGGGCACCACCGACCACGGUCUCGACAUUGAGACCGGUCUCUCACGCAGCGCACUCGAGAUGGAGGUGUUGGACCUCUUUGCUGGCAAGCAGUACGCUCUCAACCUAGCCACCAACACUGCCACCACCGUUCUGCGAGUCGAUCAGAUCAUCAUGUCCAAGCCAGCCGGUGGACCCAAGCCACCCAAGCAAGGACCAAUGGAUGCCGAUGAU